GGUUUCCGCGUCCGCGCCGGCGGAGGGAGCGGAGCCGCGCUGCGCGCCGCGCGCCGCGCGCCGCGGUCAUGCAUUAGUGCCAGACAUGGCGGCGGAGCUGCAGCCCGGGUGGAUUUCUGCUCUCCCGUCUUCCUGGAGUUACGGGCUCACUCGGGACGGACGCAUCUUCUUCUUCAACGAGGAAGCCAAGAGUACAACCUGGCUGCAUCCAGUGAGCGGGGAGGCGCUCAUAACCGGACACAGGAAAACUCCAGACCUACCGACUGGAUGGGAAGAGGGAUUUACCUUUGAGGGAGCACGAUGCUUUAUCAACCACAAUGAGCGGAAGGUGACCUGCAAGCAUCCUGUUUCAGGCGUACCCUCACAAGACAACUGCAUCUUUGUCGUCAACGAACAAUCUGCCUCCAAAGUACCAGCGGAUGACAAGAAAGAACGUCCACUAAGCACCAUGAGUGAGGUCUCAAACUACACAGGGAGCUCAGACUGCCCUGCCAACGCCAACAGCCCAGCAGAAAGAGCCUCAAGAUCUUCUAAGAAGAUUCAUAACUUUGGGAAGCGAUCCAAUUCAAUCAGAAGGAAUCCCUCGGCUCCGGUAAUAAAGAGAAACUGGCUUUACAAACAGGACAGUACAGGCAUGAAGCUGUGGAAGAAGAGGUGGUUCGUCCUGUCUGAUCUGUGCCUCUUCUACUACAGAGAUGAGAAAGAGGAGGGGAUACUCGGCAGCAUCCUCCUACCAAGCUUUCGUAUAUCCAUGUUGUCUGUGGAUGAUCACAUUAAUAGAAAAUAUGCUUUCAAGGCAACACAUCCAAACAUGCGGACGUACUAUUUUUGCACCGACACAGCCAAAGAGAUGGAAUCUUGGAUGAAAGUAAUGACAGAUGCUGCACUUGUGCAUUCAGAGCCAGUCAAAAGGUUGGACAGACUAAAAGUGGAGCAGCCUGGACCACAAGACACCAACCAUGUUGCCAACCACAAGCAGCCGCUCACACAGCCUGAAAUCCAGAACAAUGAACGCAACCGCGAGGUCGACCGCGAACGCGGUGCACCAGUCACCUCCGGCACUGAAGAGGAAAGGAAGCAGCGCGACGCUGAGCGCUACGGCUUCCAGAAGGACGGCACAGAGCGGGAACGGCCUCUCACCAAGAUCAACAGUAUCAAGCUGCACCCGGCCCAGGCGGAAAGCAUCAAGGCGAGAGUGAGCGCGUCUGAGCCUCAGACCGAGGUCGACAGGUCGCAUCACGAUCCUCAGGUGAACGGAUCUGGAGAUCCGUGUCCGCCUGACAGGACCGAUGUCCCUCCUCAGCAAGGUUCCACCCACGAACCCGAGCGCAGCCUGAGCAGAACCAGCUCCAUGCAGCAACUGGAGCAGUGGGUCAGAACACAGAGACGUAAUCAGGACGACGAUACCAGGAGCAUUUCGUCAUACCAGACGCUGCCUAGAAACUUGCCGAGCCAUCGAGUGCCCUAUAUGCCUAAUUAUGGGGACGGCUACCGCAGUAUGCCGAGGAACAGCAUGGCCCAGCGGGACAGCAUCUGCAGCAUGUCCCCGUCGUUGUACGACCAGGCCUUAGGUCCGUCGGUGACUGAGAAGCGCCGCUCCAUGCGAGAUGACACCAUGUGGCAGCUGUAUGAGUGGCAGCAGAGGCAGGCCUACACCCGGCACUCGGGGCUCUACACCAGCAUGGCCAGUCCCAAAACCAUGAUUAACUUAUCAGAGCACGCUGCACCGAGCCUCUCCAUCCCCCCCUCGCCGUCCCACGGCUCCCUGUCCAUGUACGGCGGCUACUCGCCGAUGCGAUCUUACAACAUGGCCAACGCUCGUUCAGAGGUUUCCUCUCCCGUCUACAGAAGAGACUUGAGCAUCGACAGACGGCAGCGGCCACCAGUCAACAAGUAUGUUUACCCGCCGGAUAGGAGGUCCAUGCCUGCAGGGAUCCCAGUCCAGACCAUCACUGCCCAGUCUCUUCAAGGCAAAACUCCUGAGGAGCUGACUUUGCUGCUGAUAAAGCUGCGGCGGCAGCAGGCAGAGCUAAACAGUAUCCGGGAGCACACUGUAGCACAACUUAUGCAACUAAACGUGGAUGGCGACAACCCAAAGAAUGACAUUCUCUCUCAUCACCUCCAAAGGAACCUCAUGUAUUUGGACAAUCAGAUGAAGGAAAAUGAUCCUUUAAUCGUCAUGACUCACGCUUUGAUUGAGAACUCUGCCCCAAGGCCUCAACUUUACCAGCAACUGGGUCCAGAAGACUACAGGGAGCAAGCCUAUACAUGCGUGCCAGAAGAGGUGGACACUGAUAUUAAACUUAGCAGAUUGUGUGAGCAGGAUAAAUUGGUGAAGAUGCAGGAGGACAAACUUCAUCAGCUGUACAGUGAGAAGCACACUCUGGAGACGGCGCUACUGUCAGCCAGCCAGGAGAUAGAGCUGGGUUCUGACAAUCCAGCUGCCUUGCAGAGUGUCGUCCAGCAGAGAGACUUGCUGCAGAGCGGCCUGCUCAGCACCUGCAGAGAACUCACCAGAGUCACUGCUGAGCUGGAGAGGUCUUGGAGGGAAUAUGACCGGCUAGAAGCGGAUGUGAUCUUAGCUAAGAACAACUUGCUGGAGCAGCUGGAAGCACUUGGAAGUCCACAGUCGGAGCCUCCCAGUCAGCAGCACGUCCGCAUCCAGAAAGAGCUGUGGAGGAUUCAAGAUGUGAUGGAGGCGCUGAAUAAUCACAAAGCCCAGAGAAAUGCUUUUGAAGGCAUGGGUUUUUAUGGACCCAAGACCAGCUUUAGUAAACACAAAAGUGAGGAGGAGGAUUUGGUCCCCCCACGGCCACCCCUACCCCAGUCCUACGAGCCCAACCCCCCCACCGUGCCCCCCCUGCCCUCUCAUGCUGGUGUGCGCCUCUCAUCACUCCACAGGCCAGAGGACAGGAAGGCUAAUCACAGGAAUAGCACACAUAGCGGUCCUGACUAUAGGCUGUAUAAGAGUGAACCGGAGCUCACCACAGUGGCCGAGGUAGACGAGAGCAACGGAGAGGACAGAUCUGAAAACGCUCUGGACAGAGAACAUGCCGGAAGCAAAGGGAUGUCCUACCCGGUCGGCAUCGUCCCUCCCAGGACCAAAUCCCCAGUGCCUGAAUCUUGCUCUAUAGCAUCUUACGUGACAUUAAGGAAGAGCAAGAAGCCUGACCUCAGCAUGGAGCGUCCACGCAGCGCCGUGGAACAGCAGCUGUGUGCUGCGGAGGGCAGCCGGCCCAGGAUGAGCGUGGAGGAGCAGCUGGAGAGGAUCCGUCGCCACCAGCAAGGUGCCCUCAGGGAGAAGAAGAAAGGACUGAACAUACGGAGCAGCAGCCAGGAAAACACACCCUCUCGCAGUCACUCGUUUAAUAAAGAAAAUCACUAUCGCAACAUGCAGUCCCACAUGAGGCGCAGAGAUGAGGUGAUGAGCAGUGACAUCCAGGAGCUGGAGGCCUCUCUCCGGCAGCAGGAGGUGGUGAGGGAGCAGGAGACGCCCGCAGAGGAGAUAGCUCGUCUCAAAGAAUCCUUGCAGGCUGAUCAUUUUAAUAUGGACCGAGAGCUGUCAGUACCUGAUAAAGUGCUGAUCCCUGAGCGUUACAUUGAGUCUGACCCUGAAGAGGCUCUGAGUCCGGAGCAAGAGGCUGAUAAGCAGAGGAAAGUUGACCGCAUCAAAGCCCUAAUAGCCAAAAACAGCAUGCAGAAUGUUCUACCUGGUCUGGCUCUAAGCCCAGAGGAGGAGAACGAAGAAGAGGUUACUAUACAGGAAAAGGAGAAGAUGAUUAAUAUUUCCUACGAGCUGGCAGCAGAAGCCUCCAAACGCAGCAAGCUGGUAGCAGUGAAAAGCCUGUCAUCUUCCUCCCCACCCCAGUCUCCCAACUCGCCCCCUCAACUCACUGAUGGUUCUCACUUCAUGCUCUGGCCUCAGUGAAGACGUACACAUGAAGGAAACAGCGGGAGGGCAGAGGAGCCUCCUGAGAGAUCAGCACAAGGCCUCGGCCUCCACGGAGUGAAACUGCCGACUUCAUCUUCACAGGGCAUCACCUCUGACUUCUGUAUGCACACUGUGAUCUCCAAAGCCCCUGUGCCACUAACAGCUCUUGUAUUUAUUGUUGUUUUUAUUUUAUUUUUUUAGACAUUUCUUCUUUAGCGCACCCCUUUUAUAUGCAGCACAUUCUUCAACCUGCUUUGGUACUGUUAGCGGUGCAGUUUCAUUUUCACCUUUUGACAAGGCUUUUAAGUUUGUUUGUAUUCUUCACACGGUUUUAUCAGGUUCUGGCUGGAAUGUGGGCAGAUGUAUAUCUGUAUAUAUGGGAGGAAAACAGACUGAGCUGUGAUGUGAGUCUGAUGGCCUUUGACAGAAUAUUUCAGGCCACGCCACAUUUUCCACUCAUGUUUCACCUCGUUCAAAACGUUUCAAGAUGUUUCUGCAUUCUUCAGUUAAAUCUAAUAAUUAACUCAUUUUUUUGUUUGUUUUAGAUACUGAUCACUAGCUAACCAGUCAUAUUUAUUCAUUUAUUGUAAAGAACAUUUGUCUAUGGGAAAGACUCAAUAGUAAAUAUCAGCCCCUCCAUUAUAACUAAAGGAGGACCCUCUUUACUGCUGCAGAUGAAAAUUUCUUGUAAUUUUUCAUGUUUCUGGUUUUUAAUUAUUUAAAGAUGGUAUCUGAGGUCCUUGGUACAAUGAUGCCAUUGCAGAUGUGAAUGUUCUGACUUCAGUCACUCUUCACUGUCCUUUUUUAUGGCUGAGAUAUAUUUAAAUUUAAAAAUAAGGAAAGAAAGUCAGAGCUUGCUUCUAUUUUAUGACAAGUUGGUUUUAAGCCUGGAUCUUUAAAAGAAAAAAAAAAGGAUUAGCAUGCACAGAAAAGCAAUAAAAUGAAGCCUUUGUGAAUUCAAGAUAUUUUUGUGUGUGUACAAAGUGUAAUUAUCAGAGGUUUACUGUGUAUAUAAUGUACAUGGUACAUCUGGAUGGGAGGAUAUGUCCAGCAUAUGGUUGCAUACCAGAUUUGAUUUGCAAAUGUUCAUAUCCCAUCUGUUUUAUAUCAUAUAAAUAAAUGUUGCCGUUCUUAA